AUGGAACAUAGCCAGGAGCAGGGGGAAACGCCACAACCGGUGGUGGCGCUGGCGAGGAUGCUGGAGGGGAUGGCGGCGAUGCAGGAGAGGCAGGCGGCGAUGCACGCCGAACAGCUGGAGGCUCUGCGGGCGCAAACUUCCCUCCAGACCCAGGCUCUACUGCAACUGGCGGCUGCGGGAGAAACCAGCUCCCGAGAGAGACAGACCGGACCCCCCGUAGCUCUCCAUCUACCAAAGAUGACCCCGGAUGACGACGCGGAGGCGUUCCUUGAGGGGUUUGAGGUGGCCGCAAGGCUUACCCCCACAGCGCGGACGGUCUACGGUAACCUAAAGAAGGCGGUCCUGGACCGCCUGGGAUACAGCCCCGAAGAACACCGGCGACGGUUCAGGGAGACGGCCCUGGCCGGAGAGGACCGACCGUUCGCAUACGCACAGAGACUGCUGGACAUGGCACGUCGGUGGCUGCGGCCAGAAAUCCGGUCAGCAGACGAGGUGGUGGAGCUGGUGGCCCUCGAACGCUUUAUCGAUGGCCUCCCGGCGGAGACGGCGAAUUGGGUGAGGUGCCAUCGGCCGACCGGGUUGGCGGCCGCCGUCACCCUGGCGGAGGACCACCUGGCGCUCUACCCCCGCGGCCAGUCACAGCAGCAGCAGCAGCAGCAGCAGCAGCAAGGACGGGCAGACACGGCUCCGCGCAGGAGAGCCCUUCCUCGUUCCCUUCCUUCCCCCCUUUCUUCCUCCCUUCCCCGUGCCCAAACCUCCGCAUUUUCCCGCAACAACCCUUUUGUUUCUGUUUCCCCAGCCCCAGGCUCAGUGGCGGCGGGAUACGACCCACAGAGAGCUCCUCAGACGCCCGGACCGGGGUGUUGGCGGUGCGGACAACCGGGUCACCUGCGCCGCGAGUGCCCGCUCAUGGAGGUGGGGCAGGUGGUUCGUGUUGUCGGCCCGCCCACCUCCGCUCCCGACCCAGACGGAGCGUACUGUAUUCCGACCGACGCGUCGGACAGAGGGCUGGGGGCUGUUUUGACCCAGCAGGUGGAGGGAGUCGACCGCCCCGUGCUGUACAUUAGCCGGAAACUGUCACAACGGGAGGCGAAGUACAGCACGGUGGAGAAAGAGUGCCUCGCCAUUCGGUGGGCGGUCGGAGCCCUCCGUUAUUACCUUCUGGGUCGCCCAUUCACCCUCUGUUCGGACCAUGCCCCCUCCAAUGGCUCCACCGCAUGA